GGAGGGCGAGCCCUCAGGGGGCCGAGGGGUCCCCAGGACAGGGAGGGGUGUUCCUUCCAGCCUGGGGCGUGGCUGCAGGAGGAUCAGCCCGGGCAGGAGGAGGGGCAGGAGGAGCGAGGCAGGAGAGACCAGGGAGGGAGGGGUGAGGCCCACGCGGAAGUCGGGUAGGGCUCGCCUGCUGCCCGCUGCCACACUCGGGCCUGCCAGCUCCUGCCAGCCCUGACCCCACGGCCAGCGAGCAGGGUGAGGACAGCCUCCAGACCGAUGGGGACGGAAGGGGACAGCUUCCCGCUGAUGGAGGUCAACACCGGUGACCCCGAGGCCUCUGAGCCGUGGGAUUACGUCCUCGUGGCCGACCGCCGAGGCCAGAGAGCUACCGGGCAGGCCCACCGGCAGCUGCAGUUCCUGGAGAAGCUCAAGAGAAAGGGCUUCCGUUACAAGAUGAUGGAAGACGGCGAGAAGGUGUUCUUUGGGAUCCGAGCAGAGAGCAGGAUCUUUGACCUGUACCGCACACUCCUCAUGGAGUCCGAGGGUCCUGGCGCCAGGACGCAGCCCGCCGGGCCAGCCCCCAUCCCAGCCAGCACCAGAAUCCGAAUUGUCAACUUUGUACUAAACAACACGACGGCCGCUGGUGACACCCUGGACGACUUGGUGAAGAGUGGGGUGUUUGAGACCAGAUUCGUGCUGCACAAGGGGCAGGACGACCUCAGGAAGGAGUGGGCGCAGUGGAGGCGCGUGCUCCGCCCGCAGCCGAUCGACGACAUCAGGGACUACUUCGGCGAGAAGGUGGCCCUGUACUUCGCCUGGCUCGGCUGGUACACCUACAUGCUGGUGCCCGCCGCCGCCGUGGGCCUCCUCGUCUUCCUCAGCGGCUUCGCCCUGUUCAACGCCAGCCAGAUCAGCAAGGAGAUCUGCGAGGCCCACGACAUCCUCCUGUGCCCUCGCGGCGACCACAGCCGCAGGUACCAGCAGCUCUCGGACACCUGCACCUUCGCCAAGCUCACGCACCUCUUCGACAACGAGGGCACCGUGGUCUUCGCCAUCUUCAUGGCUCUGUGGGGUGAGUGUCGGCGGGCACCGGCGGGCAGCCUGAGCCCCGGGGCCGCCAGCCCCGGAACCCCGCGCCCCCUCUCUGCUCCCGUCCGCAGCCACCGUGUUCCUGGAGAUCUGGAAGCGGCAGCGGGCCCGUGUGGUCCUGCACUGGGACCUGUACGGCUGGGACGAGGACCAGGAGGAGAUGGCGCUUCAGCUCAUCAACCACCGCGACUACCAGCUGCGGCCGCACCAGCACUCCUACCUGAGGAGCAGCGUCAUCCUCAUCCUGUCUGUGCUCAUGAUCUGCCUCAUGAUCGGCAUGGCCCACCUGCUGGUGGUCUACCGGGUCCUGGCCGCCGCCCUCUUCAACUCCACCCUGCUGUUCCAGGAAGAGCAGGUGACCACGGCUGUGGUGGUGACCGGCGCCCUGUUCCACUAUGUGGUCAUCCUCAUCAUGACCAAGAGAAGCCCAGGACCUUCUCGGAGCGUGAGAGCAAGUUCACCACGAAGUUCUUCACUCUGCAGUUCUUUGCCCACUUCUCAUCCCUCAUCUACAUUGCCUUCAUCCUGGGCAGGAUCAACGGUCACCCCGGGAAGUCUGUGCGCCUGGCGGGGCUGUGGAAGCUGGAGGAGUGCCAUCUCAGCGGCUGCAUGAUGGACCUGUUCCUGCAGAUGGCCAUCAUCAUGGGUCUGAAGCAAACGCUCAGCAACUGUGCGGAGUACCUGGGCCCGUGGCUGGCUUACAAAUGUCGCUUGAUGCGCUUCAAGCUGGGCCGUGCAUCUGGGGACCCCGAGCUCAGGGACAUGCAGCACAACUACCUCCUGAACCCAGUCAACACCUUCAGCCUCUUUGACGAGUUCAUGGAGAUGAUGAUCCAGUAUGGCUUCACAACCAUCUUCGUGGCCGCCUUCCCUCUCGCCCCGCUGCUCGCGCUCAUCAGCAACCUCGUGGAGAUCCGCCUGGACGCCAUCAAGAUGGUCAGGCUGCAGCGGCGCCUGGUGCCCCGCAAGGCCAAGGACAUCGGGACCUGGCUGCAGGUGCUGGAGACCAUUGGGGUGCUGGCAGUCAUCGCCAACGGGAUGGUCAUCGCCUUCACUUCUGAGUUCAUCCCCCGAGUGGUGUACAAGUACCAUUAUGGCCCCUGCCGACUGGGGGCCCAGCCUGCAGUGGACUGCCUCACGGGCUACGUCAACCACAGCCUGUCCGUGUUCUACACCAAGGACUUCCAGGACCCCGUCCAGGCAGAAGGCUCAGAGAACAUCACCGAGUGCAGGUACCGCGACUACCGCGACGCCCAGGACUACAGCUUGUCGGAGCAGUUCUGGGUCCUGCUGGCCAUCCGCCUGCUGUUCCUCAUCCUCUUCGAGCACGUGGCCUUGUGCAUCAAGCUCAUCGCUGCCUGGUUCGUGCCUGAUGUCCCUCAGUCCGUAAAGAACAAGGUUCUGGAGGAGAAGUACCGGGCACUCCGGGACAAGAUGUGCUCCAGCUCCAAGAGCACAGACGUGUAAGAGACGCCGAGCUGCCCAAGAGGCUGAGAACCACCCGCCACCUGCCACCCCACUCGCAGCGGACGUGGGGGUCCCCGGAGCUCUGUGUGUGGGGGCCGCGGGGUGUUGUGAGCGGCACCUUGUGGUCUGUGAGGGCUCAGCCCCGACUUGAAUUCUGGCCCCCCACCCACAGAGCUGGGCGAGGGGGGUUUGCCUCUCAGCACACACCACAGGAGGAGCGGCCUGUUUGCUGAGCCUCCCUCUGCGUGGUGGGACCCAGGGGUCCCCACCCCACCCCCGGCCUGCAGAACUUUCUUAAAAUAAAACUUGUGUGUGUGUCGAU